AUGAUCGACGACGUGUUGACGAGCUGCCUGCCCGUGGCAGCCAUGGCGGAGUCCACUGCCGCAGCGGCUGAAGCACAAGCAGAGGCGGCACCGGUAGAUGCUAGUGGGGUUUCUCUCCCGAGAGCACCAGCAGUGGCCAGCAGCCUCGCGGCGGCGGCGGCAGCAACAACAGCAGAUGCGGACGCCGCCGGGAGCGUCAGCAGCAUGGACUGGGACCCUUCCCCGACCUCGAAACAGAUCGCGAUGCCUCCCUCGUCGUCCUCGAUUGGCGGGGGGGCGGGGAGAGGGGGGAGCGGUGUAAGUCGGAGCGGAGGAGGUCAGGGAGGAGCAGGAGGAGGAGGCGUGAUGUCGAGGAGGGCGUCGGGGUUGAUAUUCGCGGACAGGGUCGGCAUCACCAGGAUUCCGGACCGGGCUUGGACUAUCGCGCUCGACUACCUAGAGCUGGGCGAGGGCAUGAGGUGCCGGCAGCUUGGGCGCGCCUUCCGCGACACCGUUGAGGCCUCGCUGUCCGUGCUGGCCUUGUCCGGCGUGAACACCAUCACCUGGGCCACUCCAGACAACCUGGCCUUCCUCACACGGUUCAAGAACGUACGGACGUUGCACUGGGGGGGGGGGGCGGAUCGUUACGGGGCGGCGGCGGGCGAGAAGACCUUGAGGGUCGCCGACUGCUGCCCCGUGAGGGCGUGGUCGUACCUCCUCGGCGCGCUAACGAAGCUGGAAAAGGUUACCCUAGGCGACGGGACCACUUCGUACGUCAGGAGCCCGGGGAGGGGCCCCGGCCGCGACCUGUUUGCGGCGUUCCGGAAGACCCCGUGCGCGAAGCUUCGAGUCCUGUGGCUGCAGAGGCUGGACCUGUGGGACGACCUCGACGCUCUCGCUUCGGCGCUCGGCCCAGCGCACUGCCCGGUGCUAGAGGAGCUGUUUCUCGACCUCGCGCUCGACACGGACGACGUGGAACGACUUGCCGGCUGCCUUCAUAAGUUCCCCAAGUCCCUCAAGACGCUGGGAGUGUUGGCCGUGGCGAUCAAGAAUCGCACCGAAGACGGACAGUUCGAAAUGGCUGACCCCGAGCCGGCGCUACAGCGCCUAGCCGACGCGCUCUGCAAGCACCCGAGACCGACUCUCCAGUGCCUGGACAUCUCGUUGCACUACGAGCCGGAGGCGGAGGAAGAGCUUCCGCCGGACGAACCACCGCAGCCACCACCGUUCAAGGCUCGCGCUGCCACCAUGCCCAUCAUCAGGCUGCUCAAGUCGGGAAAGCUCACCGGCAUCAAGCACGUGCAGCUGUCGAGCUGCAGCCUCGAUGACAGCGGGCUUGCGAUCGCCUGCAAGGCGGUAGCGACCAUGACAGGCAUCCAGACCCUCGACAUCUCGAGCAACCAGCUCUCCCUUACGGGAGCCAAGGCCCUAGCCAAGGCCCUCUGGCGAUGCCGCAGCCUCCACGAGAUUGUGCUGGAGGAAAGCGUCGUCCCCGAUGAUACCGCCGCGGUGAGCGCGGUGUUCAAGGAGUACAUGCCGUGGGCCACCGUCCGUGUGGACGAUCGCGACGGUCGCAAGAACCUGGCCCGACGCUACCUGGCCGCGGCAGGCGGACAAGGUCAGGCGUACGACGCGUUGGCUGACGACCAAGGCGCAUUCGAUGACGAGGAGGGUGACGACAACGACGGGCAAGGGGACGAUGGAGGCUUCGAUUUGAUGGACCCUCACCACUGGGAAGCCGUCGAUGCAGAAUCAGACGGGGAAGUGCCCCCGGAGCUGAUGAUGGACGAUGACACUGACUGACGACACCGAUAUGGAUGUGAUCACGUGAUGCUUGGUGGGAGCUUCUGGCUUGGCGGAAGGCGCAACGGAGACGGAGCAAUCAGAUCGUAAAUGGGAACCUGUAGGGAAACCAAGAAUGGAACCGGUAACCAAGAACCGAACCUAUACGGAAUAUAUAAAAAGUGAACCGUAAACGAAAAACAUAAACAGGAACCGUGAACGGAACCACGAAUGGACCGCCGUGUUGGCAAUGACCCGGCGAUGAAAGAAGGGGCGAAAGAACUGGCUGGAGGGUUGAGAAUUAUUUUUCUUGUCAUGGAUGGUAGGGCCAUUCGGAGAUCUGUUUGACCGAACCUUAUGAUAUGAUACGGCAUGUCAGCGGAUGUAAGCCCCACAGGGACGGACGGGCAGCUAGGCGUCGGCAAGUAGAGGACGGACGGAAAUAUAACGGGUAGGGCGCCGGUCGCGCUCUUUUUAGUGUCAUUUCUAGAGGGGGGAGGGGAGUUGGAACGUUAGCUUAGGGUCAGUGGUCGGCCUUAGGUCUUCUCCUGCCAUUUCGUCCUCAUGCUUGUUUUUGUCCUUCUUUUGACAGGAGAGAGGAGGGGAGGCAAAAAGCGAAGCAGCCCCCAGCUGGGGUGUGACUGCUCUUUGCCGCUCGCUAUCUGAUGGACACUAUUGUGGUUCUUGAUUUUUGUACGCUUUCCCUGCACCUGAGGCGUGUGGGUUGAGGCGUUUUCCUCGUCUUGGGGGGGGAGGGGUGGGGGGGUAGGAGAGGACGUGUUGGUGGCGUUAUUAACGAGGGGGAGCAGUGGAGAGUGCGGAGGGGGAAAGGGGGGUAGACAAGGCAGAGAGUGGGGGGGGGGGGCCGCCGGGACUAAAAAAAUGAGCCGGGCCCAAAAAUGUGUGGGUGGGAAUGGGGCUAUUCUACCUAUGUCCCCAGCAAGGGGCCCAAACAUGUCCCCCCCCUCCCGAGGGGGAAAAAACCGAAUUGUUUCCCUUCCUUCUUCUUUUUUUCGGCCCCGGUCUCGGAAUGGGAUGACCGCGGUGGCCCGGUGUCUUGUAACGUCAACAUUGGCUUGCUCGCCUGUUUGCGAUUAUUUGCCCCCAUGUCUACUUGCGUCGAGACACAGUUCGACGGUGUUUUUUUUUUUGCAGUCGCGUGCAUGAACACAUGCAUGACUUACUGCCCAGUCGAAAGUGUUCGAGAUCUCGGGGCGGGGGAACUCGAACACUUUCCUCUGGAAAAGCCUCGUCACGAUGCCGGGAUGCAAUAGAAUGUCGGUAUUGUAUAUUUUACCUCCGUCGUUCUAAGUGUGGGCGGGUGGACGGGUUUGUUAGUUCUGUACUAUGCACAGGUUUUCUUGAUCUUUGGUGUGUUUUCCCUGCAGGCCUUUACAGGAGAUUCACUCCGCUAACCGUGACUGCUUGAUGAUUGUUAUCGUCUCGUAGGACGAAGUACCAUGCUUUUUAAGGGUUUUCAAAUCGUCUUGUUUUUUCAUCCCUUGGACCCUUGUGUAUUUCGUGGUGGAAGUCUAGCCUGUGGACACGGUAAUCCGUGCCUUUUACCUUGUGGGCGGGGGAGAGAAGAGGUGACGAAGCUGGAGGCUGAGACUAGUUUGUUUGUGUGAAGAAGGCGACAUUUCGCAACAAACACGAUUGAUUGUGCAUUUGCGUACCGCUCGUACGAGCAGAGGUGGGCUCUGAUACAGCAGCCUACAGCCAGCAAGAGCUAAGCGGUGCCCACAGUUUUUUGGUUGGGUCAAUUUUACUUUUUUAGGAAAUUUCUGGUUGGUUGAAAAUCCCUGGUCCACCGAUGAUCACGUGGUUUUUGUGCUUGCUUAGGCUUAAGGGGCAACUGCCGGCAAGACUUCACUAGUGGCACUAGGCUACAUAUUCCGUGAGGCCGUCCGUUGUUGAAGGGGAAACAGAGGUGACAGCUGUUUUGGGGUCCAUUCAUGUGUGUACCGUUUCCCCGCCUAAAAUACGUUUUCUCGUGCAUUCGACGCAACUCCUGAUGGUGAAGAAUGGUGAAGAACUGUUACUGCUCGGGUGUGGUUCACUAUCCAACCUUGCCUACUACUUGUAUCCCCUUCCAUGUUGUGAAGCUGUGCUUCAUCGUGUACAGCAGUGCAGCAGUGGUAGCUCCUCCUGGAGCAAACAACCCGAGUAGAACCUGUUGAUGUCGUUUGGCUGUUGCCUGUGGUCAAAAACGCUGGCAUUUUCGGUGGGGGUCCCCGACACGGGCAUGGGGACGACGAGAAAAAAACGGUUCCACGGCAUACGCAAUACCCAAGGCAGGAGGACCGCCCGUGCCCUGCACCUACAAAGAUAUGUUGUUCUUGUUGUUGCGCGAGUGUUGUUGUCCAACCAUGGCUGGCUUUGUGCUGCCGUAAAUUUGACCAAGAGUCCGGAGCGCAAUGCAGCGUAGCUGCGAAAAGGAAGCACCGCAAGCACGCGUACGAAACACUUGACGUCCCUUCUAACUGCGGCGAAACGACGACGAACAUGUGCAUGGCAACAAGCGCGUGGGCAGCUUGCUUCCCCCUUCGUGGAGCCCCCCUGUGCGUCGACUCUCUUCUGAAGAGUAGAAUUUUGAUCCUCCAGGCAGGCGUUUGGUGCCGUCUGUGGCACUGACCCACGGGAGCAACAUUUCGCGAACGACAUACAGCACAAAGGAACGAAUGCGACUGCGUGUAAGGCGUGCUACCCUGCGUGUAACGUGUUCCGAUCGGACCCGGAAUCGGUCAUUUUGUACGCCGCGCGUGCCCAAGACAAGCAGCGUGAACAACACGACAACCGUGACGGAAAAAAAUGCACAAGGUACAAACGUGUAAGCGAUGUACACACCUCGCUAUUUAUAUCGCAGUGCGUGCAUGUACAGCAGUCUUAACGCCACCACACCCAUCGAAAGAUUUACACACGCUGCUUUUGGUUGAACUUGUACAUAUUUGACAAAAAAAAGCAGAGGGACAAAAAAAGACAAAAAGCUUCGGCAUCGCAACCACACGAUGCACAGCUACAGACACACCCGCUUUUCUCCCCCUACAGUACUGCACCCACAACGAACGGCACCCCCUUCCUUUCGAAUCAUAUAGGGUUGCCUCUUGUCAGCACCCCCGGCCCUCCCAGAAAACUCCCGCCGCCGCCGCUUCUGCCCGGCACGCCCGCUAACCCGCGGUCGCGCGUCGUGGGCGAUCGCAGCGGCGGGCCCCGUCCAUCCCUCGCCAGGGUCUCCCGCGCCUCCAACAGGUCGCUCGGUCUCAGCGGCCCUGCGUCUCCCCUCUCCAGCUGUGCACGCUUCGCUGUUGCGUUUUUUAUAACGAGGUUUGCGACGGUGCAAGAAGGAGGGGCGGGGGGGGGUAUCAGAAAAAACGGAAGAAUGCCACGAGCCAGAGACCCGAAACUCCGCUCGGUUUUGGAGAAGUUGUGCGCAGCUUCUUGGGAUACGAAGGAACGGGGGGGGUAUCUCAGGAAAGAACAAAAUAAACGGAAGAUUGCAACCUCAGAAUGCCACGAGUCAGACACCUAAAACUCCGGUAAUGUUGUUUUUGGAGAAAUGGUGCGCAGCUUUCUGGGAUAGAUGCCCACGCUUGGCUGUUGUUUUUAACAUUUUUUCAUGGCGGGCUUGGAUCGACGCACGCAGGAAUGGGGGGAGGGGGGGGGGGGGCGUACUCUUAUGUUUUGCAUGCCUUAGCGGUUAGACCAUUGACCACGCGUCCUCGAGAGAACGGAGCAUUGUUCCCACAGGACCGAUCACCGAUGGCCAAUCGCU